UAAUUUUUCCAUCUAGCCUCUGUGUUAUGAUAUGCCAUGCCCACUAGCAAACUGAAACCAGUGAAAUAAGUUGAUAAAUGUUAAGUACUACUGUGGCACCUGUUUUGAAAUAGUUUGCAGUGAUUGAAUAUCAAAUCUAAGAACUAUUUGACACUCCAACCUUAUCUGACCCAUUUUAUAGGCCAUAUUUACCUGAAAUCACCCUAAAAAAGGGUCACUAAAAUAAAACUGAAAGUUGAAAAGCUGAUAUAACAUUGUCACAUGUAUGAAAAGGGUUGGUAUGUGACGUGCGUUCUGGAGAGAAACUAAGACGUUUUUUAAAAAGUCUAUGGUUUAUUCCUACAAUUCAUGACUUUUCAGCUUUUACAUUUUUUUAAAUAAAAACAUACUUUUAUAGGUAGCUUUAUGUUUCAUAAUUAAGGGGACAUGUUAAAGAUUUGAUAAAUCAUACAGGUCAAGCUAAAUGAAUUAACAAAUUCAGUCCAUUGCUGCAUCAGUUGGAAAAUAACAGGAUGGACAUUAAAUGAGAAAAUUAGCCACUAAAUGGUCUGAUAAAGAUAUCCAGCUAGUAUAUUUGUAAACUUAUAGUGAUGAUUUUAUUUCUGUUAACAUAAAUAUACUUACAUUUUAAAAUGACAUUAAUUUCCCCUAUAUCUUUCCAUAACAGGGUAGACUUGUUGCUUGAACACAUAUGAAUAACAUUUAAAGGAAAACAUAAAUAAAACAAAAGUUACACACUUCAAAUAACUCAUUAACAUCAUUAUGAAUAUUAUUUGAAUAAUGCCAACUCAGAAGUCAUUUCAUAACAUAGAUCUGCAAUUAAAGGUCCCAUAAUCAUAAAACAACAGGGUGGACAAUCAGAUCAAGGAACACACAUACACACUCCAGUACCAGUGUUAAACUUAAUUGUAUGUUUUGUUUUGUUUUUUAGAAAAAUCCAGCUCUGGGGACAUAAGGAAAUUACACAAGCGCAAUAAAUUACAAUGUUUUUAGUUAUUUCAAAUGGGAUUUUUAGGCCCACAGCAGUAUGUAACAUUACAAAUACCAUUGUAGUGUGGACUUAAAAGUCACCAAAAUGUGGGAAUGACCCAAUACAAUUAAAAUGUAAAUGCACAAUUUAUUAGUCUAGCGCGUCUCUUUUACGUUCAAUAACUACUUUAUACUCCAAAUGAGCUUUCCACUGGAAGGCAUUUGGGAUGAAAGAGCGUGCAAUCAACACCAGCUGCCGCAAAUCAAAUUAAUUACAAACCCCACCUCUAAAAAUGACUUUAAAUAAUUGUAUCAGCCAGUAUUGGGGUUACGGUCUGGUACCUUGUGCACUCCCAAGAACAUAAUGGCUUCAACAGGUCUUCAGAUUCUGGCUACUGCGCUCGCGGUCAUUGGCUGGUUGGGCGAAAUUGUAAUCUGCGCGCUCCCCAUGUGGAAGGUGACGGCGUUCAUUGGCAAUAACAUAGUAACCGCGCAGAUCUUCUGGGAAGGCCUGUGGAUGAACUGCGUGCAGCAGAGCACGGGUCAGAUGCAGUGCAAGGUCUACGACUCCAUGCUGGCGCUACCCCAAGACCUCCAGGCUGCUCGGGCUCUUGUUGUUAUCGCCAUUCUGGUGACCUUCUUGGGAAUUCUGCUGGCCGUCGCUGGAGGCAAGUGCACCAACUGCGUUGACGAUAGAGACGCAAAGGCCAAAGUGGGCAUCGCAGCCGGCGUGUUCUUUCUGGUGGCUGGCGUGCUCUGCUUGAUCCCGGUUUGCUGGUGCGCACACACGGUCAUCAGAGACUUCUACAAUCCUAUUCUGACUGAAGCACAAAAGCGGGAGCUGGGAGCAUCGCUGUUCAUCGGAUGGGGGGCCUCCGGUCUUCUGCUCAUCGGCGGCGCGCUUCUCUGUUGUCAGUGCCCGAAAAGUGACGGCCGUGGAUAUUCUGUGAAGUACUCCGCUCCUAGGUCUGCUGCCAACGGUGGAGCAUAUAUGAAGAGUAGACAACUCUUGGCUAUAUUUCUGGCUGUGGUGGGCCUAUGUGGUACUACCCUGAUAUGUGCCUUGCCUAUGUGGAAAGUGACGGCCUUCGUGGGAGCAAACAUCGUGACAGCACAGGUUUUCUGGGAAGGCUUGUGGAUGAACUGUGUUCUGCAGAGCACUGGUCACAUGCAAUGCAAAGCAUAUGACUCCAUCCUGGCUCUGACUCAAGAUCUGCAAGGGGCUCGAGCUUUGAUCUGUGCUUCUAUUGGUGUCAGCGUGGUUGCCACUGGAUUGACAGUUGUUGGGGCAGAGUGCACCAACUUCUACAGAGAGGAGCAGUUUAAAAAGGCCAAAAUUGGAAUAACAGCUGGGGCAUUCUACAUAGUUGCAGGUGUAAUGUGUCUCAUUGCUGUUAGCUGGUCGGCAUAUGUCAUCAUUGUGGGCUUUUUUAAUCCUUUAGCAAUAGAGGAGAGAAAAGGAGAGCUGGGAGCUUCAGUCUAUGUAGGAUGGGUUGCUGGUGUUCUGUUAGUUGUAGGUGGUGGCUUGCUCAUCAGCACAUACUCCAACCGAUGUUGAUCACAUCUGUGGGUUAAACAUCAAGUGACUCAAGAGUGAUAUACUUCAAUUUUUCUGAAGAUUCUUGUUAGAUUGUGUCCAAAAAAAAUGGGCGGGUCUUCUUUUUGCAAGGAGAUGAAAGGCCUCCCUGCUUUUACUGCAUCUAUUCAGAACAGCCAAGAAUUUAAGGACUGUUUCAUGUAUGGACAAUAUAAAAGUAUAUCGUGAAUCAACCUUCAAUUAUUUCAGCCUCUGACAUAUGAUCUAUGGCAACAAAAUAAAACUGUAGGAGAAAUAUCACCAGUUUCAAAAGGCACAGCAUCAGCUACGUGGACUAAUAGUUAUUUAUCUGAUUACAUGGAUACUGAGACAGUUUUAAAUAAAUAUGUGGAGCGAACAGCACCAAUUACCAGCAAGAAUCAAAGCCCUGUUGGACAUUUGAUAGUUUCCUGUUGGCCAUUUGGUCAUUUUGCCCACAUAUCUAUACAAAGAUCACCGCAGUAUGUUCCAUUUCUGUGCACAUUUGCAGAAAAAUUAUUACUGUUUGAAAUUAUCAAGAAAAAGCAAGUCAUUUAUGGUAUAAAAAAUAAAAUAAAACGGAACUUUUGAUACCGUGGGGUCCAAACGUCUGAGACCACUAUACAAAUUCUACAGAGUAGUUAACAUGGUAAAUGUCACAAAUCUGCUUACAUUUGAUUAGUACCCUUGGAAUAGUUUGGUAUCUGAAAUAUUUCUACAUUUUACAUCAUAACGUGUCUGUCUAUAUAUGUAUAGAUUUUAACACCAAGUGUCGUUUUAAAAGUCUUUAUAUUUUCCUAAUAUCUAGUUCUAAUUUUCAUAUACAUGUAACCAAAAAGUGA